AUGGAGGUGGAUGAGUCCAACAUCACCUUUCUUCCCAUACAACCUCUGCCGACUGUCCAAGUACCUGCAACGGACUAUGAUGACCACCGGGAUGCACACACACCACUCUGCAUCGACAAUGGCUCGACACACUUGCGGUUCGGAUUCUGCACGUCGGAUACGCCACGGACAGGCAUUAACAUGGUAGCGAAAUACAAGGAGCGCAAGACGAACAAGCCACUGCUACUGUUUGGUGAAGGGAUAGACGUGGAGGGAGGUGCGAGGUCGCAGGCGAAGACACCUUGGGAGGGAGACGUGUUGCUCAACUUCGACGCGUUGGAGAAUGCCUUGGAUUACGCGUUCAUACACCUAGGGAUCGACACCCCUGCGGUCGACCAUCCGAUACUGAUGACCGAACGGUUAGCGUCCCCGUUGCACUCAAGAGCCUUGACUUCUGAACUCAUGUUCGAGCAAUACUCGGUCCCCUCCCUCGCGUUCUGCGUCGACUCCGUAAUGUCAUUCUAUCACAACAACCUCCCUUCACCACCGGUUCCCUUCCGUGACGACGGUCUUGUUGUAUCCUUCAACACUGCUUCUACAUCCGUCAUCCCAAUACUCGACGGCAAGGGCAUAAUGAGCCACGCCAAACGAAUCAAUUGGGGUGCGUCCCAAGCGACCGACUACCUCCUCAAGCUCAUCCAGCUCAAAUAUCCCACCUUCCCGAGCCGCGUCACUCCCACUCAAUGCAACUGGAUGCUGCAGAACUUCUGCGAGUUUUCUCCCGACUACCCCGCGCUCCUCCGCAAGCUCAAGGACCCUCUGAACCUCCGCGCCUCGGAGCGCAUCAUCCAGUUUCCGUACCAAGUGCCCGUGACCGAAGAGAAAACGGAGGAAGAAUUGGCGAGGAUCGCGGAGAGGAAGAAGGAGCAGGGGCGGAAGCUGCAGGAGCUCGCGGCGAAGUCGAGGAUGGAGAAGCUGGUGCAGAAGGAGACCGACCUGGCGCACUUGUUGAGCGUGAGGGAAAGGAAGGAGGAGGAGAGCAAGCGGGAGUGGGCGGACACGUUGAGGGAAGAGGGCUUUGCGAACGACGCGGCGUUGGAGGCGGCGAUCAAGAAGCUGGAGGCGGACUUGAAGAAGGCGAGGAAGAAGGAGGCGGAUGGGGAGGACGCAGAGAACGAAGAGCCUCCGUCAUUUCCCUUGGUGGAUGUUCCUGACGAAGACCUUGACGAAGAAGGCCUGAAAGAGAAGAAGAAACAAAAGCUCAUGAAAGCCGGGUAUGAAGCCCGCGAGCGCGCCAAGCGCGAAAAGGAGCGGGAGCGCGAAGAGCGCGCGGCAGAAGAGAAACGAGAGGAGGAGGAGCGCGACCGCGACCUGUCCGGGUGGGCUACGAAGAUGCGUCGGGAGCAGGAGACGCUCAUGAACCGGAUAAAGGAGCGCAACCGGCGUAGAGCGGCGCUGACGGACAGAAAGAGCGCGGCGAGCCAGGCGAGGAUGAAGAGCAUUGCGAAUCUGGCGGCGGAUGAUCGGGUGCCGAAGAAGAGGCGCAAGGCGGGUGGGGAGGACAUGUUCGGCGCGGACGACGCGGACUGGGCGAUCUACCGCAAGAUAAACACAGCAGCCGCUUCCUCGGACGAAGAAGAGGACUUCGCCGCUCUGGCGGCGGUCGAGCAGAAGCUCCUCGCGCACGACCCGACGUUCACCGAAGAGCACACGCACGCAGCGCUGUCCUCGCAGCGCUCCGCACUAAUGUCCGCCUUCCGUCCCGCGUACGACGAAGGUGACGCGCAAGGAAAGGCGCGGAUCCACCUGAACAUCGAACGCUGGCGUGCCUGCGAGGCGUGGUUCUCGCCCUCGAUGGCCGGGAUUGACUCGGCGGGGCUGGGUGAGGUCCUGCAGAACGUACUCGCUAGGUUCUCAGACGCGGACAAGGGCCGGCUCGUCAAUAACGUCUUUCUCACAGGCGCACCCUCGCAGCUCCCCGGCCUGCGUGACCGCCUGCACGCCACGCUACGUCCGAUUCUGCCCCCGGAGAUGCCGCUGGAGAUUGUGCGCGCCGCGGACCCUGUGCUAGACGCGUGGCGAGGCAUGGCCGACUUCGCGAAGACGGACGAAUUCAAGAAGGUGGGUGUGACCAGGGCCGAGUACGAGGAAUGGGGUGGCGAGCGCGUAAAGAGAUGGUGGGGUGGGAACUGGAAUGCUUCCGUCCCACUCAAGGAGGAUUGGGGACCGAGGGAUGGGACUCAUUGUUGA